CCUAAAAUUUGUUAUCUUCAAAUCUUGAUCCGUCUUUUUCACACAGACAGAGUAACAAAGAGAAGAGGGAAAAAUGAUGGACGAGAAACCCAAGUCUGCAAUGGAGGCAUUUGAGAAACUGGAGAAAGUGGGAGAGGGAACGUAUGGUAAAGUGUACAGAGCCAGGGAAAAGGCAACUGGCAAGAUUGUGGCCCUUAAGAAAACCCGUCUCCACGAAGACGAAGAAGGUGUACCCCCUACCACUCUUCGCGAGGUGUCCUUGUUGCGUAUGCUCUCAAGAGACCCCCAUGUCGUCAGAUUGAUGGAUGUGAAACAAGGCCAGAAUAAGGAAGGCAAGACAGUUCUUUACUUGGUGUUUGAGUACAUGGACACUGAUCUCAAGAAAUACAUUCGCAGCUUCCGUCACACUGGGGAAAACAUCCCGACUAAAAUUGUGAAGAGCUUGAUGUAUCAGCUAUGCAAGGGUGUUGCUUUCUGCCAUGGCCACGGUGUGUUACACAGGGAUCUUAAGCCUCACAAUCUUUUGAUGGAUCCUAAGACGAUGAUGCUUAAAAUCGCAGACCUUGGACUGGCCAGAGCUUUUACCUUACCAAUCAAGAAGUAUACUCAUGAGAUACUGACCCUCUGGUACAGAGCUCCUGAGGUCCUUUUAGGAGCUACACAUUAUUCUACUGCAGUGGAUAUGUGGUCUGUUGCCUGUAUAUUUGCCGAACUAGUCACAAAGCAAGCUCUCUUCCCCGGAGACUCUGAGCUUCAACAGCUGCUGCAUAUUUUCAGAUUGUUGGGAACUCCUAAUGAAGAAGUUUGGCCUGGAGUGAGCAAGUUAGUGAACUGGCAUGAAUACCCACAAUGGAGUCCUAAGCCACUUUCAUCAGCAGUCCCCGGGCUGGAUGAAGCUGGGCGAAGCCUGUUAUCAGAAAUGUUGCAUUAUGAACCAUCAAAACGGAUUUCAGCAAAGAAAGCUAUGGAGCAUUCUUACUUUGACGAUCUUGACAAGUCCAAUCUCUAAAUAAAUGAUCCAGAAGCAUAAAUCAUCAGCCUGGUGUUAGGAAUUUUCUCAAGAUUGUUUAGGAAUGACAAACAAGGGCUCUAUAGUUCUGUUCAAUUGCUUCCCUCGAGCAUUUUUUAUCAUUUCAUUGUUUUUAGAGAUUUGUGAUUUUGUGACUGUAUGCUGUCUGUGGAGGAAGUUGAUAGCCCAAUAUGAUUUGUAUUUGGCACAUUUCUUCUCGAAUCGCUCUCCAUUGAUUACUUUAGAGGAUUCCAUUA